AUGAAUACGUCAUUUGGAAACGAUGCCAAUCAGAAACAAAUUCUUGCACAGCACACAUGGGAAGUCGAUUAUGUACCAAAACUGAUAAGGACAAAAAGUGUCAUAAUGAAAGACACAAAUCAUCUUGACUGUGACUGGCUUGUCACUGCCAUCGGAGACUCGGAGGCGAUGAGUGGAGGCCAUUCCUCUCAUCCGCAAGGGGGGGGGGAUGAGGUGAGCGGCUUCUCUCCCUCGUCUCCGCCCGUUCCCUCCCCAUUGCUCUCCGGCCGGAAUAAAAGAAGCGAGGAAAUGAGGGGCGGAGCCUCACUUCCACAGGCUGCAAAAGAUUAA